AUGACCGAGAGUAGUAAAGAGAUGAAGUUAUUCUCACAAGUAGUCCGGCCUUAUACAUUAGAGUCUUCUGUUUUGAUCUAUGAGAACAAAAAGUGGAAGAAACGGUAUCUUCUCUGGAAAGGCAUGACGCUCUAUUUAUUUGACAAAAAAGGGACAAAAGAGCCAUCCAAAGAGGUCUAUGAAUUAGGCAAAGAUGCGACAAUGACAAUUGAAGCGGAUGGCAAAGAGAAGAAAAAUGUUAUUCACUUCAAAGGAAUUUCCGAUUUUCUGAUCUUAGCCGAUGAAACUCUUCCUGCCAUCGAAGCGGCCUUUAAGACUUAUAAGAGCGAAAUCGAAGCUGAAAAGCGCCGCGCAGAAGCAGAAGCCGCUCGUGCUAAAGAACCAGUAGUUCUAUCUUUGGAAGAACUCAAUGAAAAGCUUAACGCUCAUGUUGGAAAGUGGACGGGGGCGGAUUAUAAAGUUUUUUUGAAGGACAUAGGAAAGGUCACAUCGGACAAAUACCUCUAUAAGAUUCUCAAACGUGUGGUCCAAGAUUGGAGCAAUCAGGACUUCAUCGACUUUUUUUAUAAAGAAUUCUGCGAGGAAGACUUGGAAGAUACCGGAUCGUUUUUAGCCGGGAAAGACAAAGACGACGAAGAAGUCACGUUUGUGUUUGGGAAGGAUGUUAAGGGAGCGAUGAGGAUUACGGAUAUCUUUAAAACAAUAUACAAGAACUAUAAUUUAGUGUGGAGCGAGAUUGCAAGGUGUUUGUUGGCAUCCUUGGCGUCGUGGGAGCUCACGUCAAGAGAUGAAGUGUUCCAAGUUAUAGUGUUUGAAAUGACUAAAGAGUUCGAUGUUGCUGAAAUAGUCACGUUUUUGCACUUUUAUGCCGACUUUGAGGAAGAUUCUUUUGUUGUCACUUGGUCAGAUUU